GUUGGUAAAGGUCGAAUGCGUUGGAAUAUAAAAGUAUAACAUACCCAGAGCUCGUCUAUGGAUAAAUACAUGAUCAGACAUAUCUCGAUAAUAUAAAUGUCGGACAUGGUUUUGCUAAUUGUGUCGUUUUUUUGUCACUUUUGAUGUAGCCUAUGUGAAAUAUUUUCUGGGGAGGCCUUAUGCAAAGGUUUUAUAGGCGGAGCAAAACAAAAACGGGAUUUCACAGUUGUGUGUAAAUUCCAGUAGAUUAGCUUUUGAAUAAGUUUUAAGGGAGAACAGCAUUUCUUCCUUGCAAUUGGAAGAAAAAUUGGAACAUAAAUAAAAUAGUAGGCUAUUUGUUUUAUUUUUACCCAGAAUGCUUAGACGCUUCUGAUUUCCUGUCUGACUUCCUGGAUACAAGACGCCACUGACGCAAAUCUGAUCGGUUAGGAUUAUGGAAGCCCUGUUUUUAGUGUUUAUUUUAGUAUACUCUGAAAGCACUGGCUCCAGUGCGUACAAUGAGAAUACAACCGACAUUAGCAAUACAACCGACUUGGUUGUACAACAGAAUUUCUCGGAAUUAAUGGAGAGUUCCACUCUUUCGUUGCCAACACCAACAGAUACUUUGCCCACUGAAACAGACACUUCGUUCCCAGAUCAAACUGGACAGAGCGAGACCACUUCUGAAAAUGUGCCAACAGAUCUUCCUACAACGUCAACAACACAAAGUGCGCCUACAGUCGCUCCACGGGAACCUCAUCAACUCUUCAGUUCUCUACCUAGCCCUGAAUAUUCUGUCUCCAGCCUGUGCCCAUGUAAUCAGCAGCAUGCGGAGUGUCAGGUGAACUGCUGCUGUGAUCCUGAUUGCACAGAUGAAAUAUCUCUCUUCACUUCCUGUUCAGUUGAGAAAGUCAUUGUCAACCCAAAACUGUGUUGUCAAGAUGUGGCUUCCUACUCCUUAAGAACCAGUCCAGACGGUUACGCCAGCGUGCAGUCCUCUGUUUAUCGAGAGGUCAACUCAGAUGUGUUCUGCAUACAGAAAGCUAACUAUGACCAAGGCCUGUCUUAUGCAACUCCAGAGGUUCCCACAGAUGCCAAUUUUGACUCCCUCUUCCGUCAGUUCGUUCGAUUUUUCUUUGGCACCUCUGAAGGGAAAGCCGUGACAACCCAAGCGGAUCCAUCACUCUCAGCUGGAUACCGUUAUGGUGAUCCAAUCCAAACAGAAGAUGAGAUGGGGCAGGGGGAGAACCUCCGGCUGCCUGCUCCAGCUGGGACUGCCUAUUGCUUAGAUGCAAACCCUGCAGCUUUCCUACAGGAUCAGACAAGCACAUGUUUGCGGAGCUUUGACUUGGUAAAUGACUGCACCACACUGGCUGCAUUAAGCUUGCAGACCUAUACCAGUCUCCAAGUCGUCACGGGAGAGAUUACUAGUGCUAAUCGGGUGCCAGUGGAGGUGGUGUCCAUCGUCCUGCAGUCUUUGGAAGGCGCACAGACUCCAGUGGAUCCGUCUGACCACUCCAGCUACACUCCUCAACUGGUGAAUCCAACAGGUGCCGACUCUGCAGUCUGCAAUAAUGUGGUGCUUCAGGUCCAGUAUGUAGUCGUGUACAGCGACUUUGGAGAAAUCAGGAAUGUGACCUCAGCAUUUGUCCUUGGUACAGUCAAGCCCAAUACGGUGCCAAUCCAUCAAACUUUUCAGAUUGAAUUUGUGCAGGAGUCCGUGAACAAACCAGUAUUCAAAUUCAGUGGCAAUCCUGGAUACAUAGUUGGAUUACCCCUAAUUGCUGGAACAAAAUCAACAGAUGGGAUUGCAUUGAGCAGCGACGCCACGGCAGCUCUCACGGUCAUCCACAGCUCCAGAGGUCAGGACUGCCUGUCCGGCAGCAUGGAGCGCUCCCCUGUACUCUUUGGAGUAGACACAGUGUCUGGCUGCACCCUCAGAUUGAAAGAUGCUUCCAACUGCUCAGUUCUAUAUGAGGCUCUUCUAGGCGUUCUUAAAGGCAAGAACUUCCCAGAUCAUGUGGCUUCUUUUGGAAAUUCCCUUCCUAAGUACCCUUUGGACUGGGUACCUAUCCAGAACCAAACUACAGCAACAGCUUCCCAAGAGUGUAACGUACCACUAUCUCUUCACCUUGAAGUGAGAUGGACCAAGUAUGGGUCCCUGGUGAAUCCCCAAGCACAAAUUGUCAGUGUGACGGAAAUAAUUGAAACCAACACCAGCAGCCUGGUGCUGUUGUCCGGUGCCAACGGCUUCGUGCCCGUCACCACCUCUGUGGCAUUCGUGGACGUUUCCGCGCCAGCUGAGCCUGGUUACCGGGCCGCGCCAACCAUCGAUGCCAAGCUGCCCUUUGACUUCUUCUUUCCCUUUGUGUAAUAGAUGUAGGGUCUGUCUCCCACAAGGUCAAGGUCUGUGUUUACAAAACGGAUUCACAGGAUCACAUGGAGGGUUUAUGGAAGGGUCCUCCAGGUUAUUUUAGAGAGCAGAGAAGAUAACAAAUUCAGUUUGCUCUGCUCCUGGCACCAGUGGAUUUACGGUCUGUAGAUAAUUAUAUCAAAUACUGCUUUAUUUCAGCAGGUUCACUAAUGUGAAAGUCCAGUUUAGUGAUGUACCUGUUUGAGGAUCCAAAUGACAUCCAUCUAUCCUGAUUGGUAUCUCACAUCAACCAAUUCAUGAGUGCUCAGAAGAUUUAACCUACCUCAACAUACUUGUUCAAUGCUGGGACCAAAAGUAAAAAUUGUAGGUCACGGAUGUUUUAUAGGAUUGCACUAGUAAACUCUAAAUGUAUCUACAUUAGAUACGUGUAUGAAUUAUUUUGUAUACUUGUGGAUAUUUGUGCGUGUGAAUGUUUUGUAUUUAAUGCAAUAAAUCACUUUGAUCCCA